AUGGAGAGGAUGAGGAAGAUCAAACGGCAGCUGUCGCUCACACUGGGGAGGGGCGGGGCCAGAGGAGGGGGCGGGGACCGGACGCUGAGUGACAGCAUCAGUCAGGACGUGACGUCACACAGCGACUCAGAGGUGGUGUCUCUUCGUUCUUCUGGAGGUCUGAAGGUUCGAGGUUCUUCCUCUUCAGUCCAGUCUCUGCUUCAGUCCUACAGCAGCUCUCUGAGGAAGCCUCGCGGUCUGGGUCGCAGCCUGAGCUCCUACCUGAACCACACUACCAGACUGGAGAUCGUCCAUGAAGAUGUGAAGAUGAGUUCAGAUGGAGAAAGUGAUCCAGCUUCUUCUUCAGAUGACGUUCAGAGUCCGGUCAGAGUCCGACUGAGGAACAAGAAGAUCUCCACUGAGGACAUCAACAAACGUCUGUCCUUACCGGCCGACAUCCGUCUUCCAGACGACUACCUGGAGAAGUUCAGUGUGAUUGGUCCGGCUCUGUUUGAGCAGCCAAUCAGCAGGCGGCUGCGUCGGGUGUCUCUGUCAGAGAUUGGUUUUGGGAAACUGGAGACGUACAUCAAACUGGACAAACUGGGAGAGGGAACCUAUGCCACGGUCUAUAAAGGUCGCAGUAAGCUGACGGAGAACCUCGUCGCUCUGAAGGAGAUCCGACUGGAACAUGAAGAAGGAGCUCCAUGUACUGCAAUCAGAGAAGUGUCUCUGCUGAAGGAUCUGAAACACGCCAACAUCGUCACGCUGCACGACAUCAUCCACACGCAGAAGUCCCUCACGCUGGUGUUCGAAUACCUGGACAAAGAUCUGAAGCAGUACCUGGAUGACUGUGGAAACACCAUCCACGUGCACAACGUCAAGCUCUUCCUGUUCCAGCUGCUCAGAGGUUUGUCCUACUGUCACCGUAGGAAGGUUCUCCAUCGAGACCUGAAACCUCAGAACCUUCUGAUCAACGAGAGAGGAGAACUCAAACUGGCUGACUUCGGUUUGGCUCGAGCGAAGUCAAUCCCGACUAAGACGUACUCUAAUGAGGUUGUGACUCUGUGGUAUCGGCCUCCAGACAUCCUGCUGGGCAGCACCGACUACUCCACACACAUAGACAUGUGGGGUGUCGGCUGUAUCUUCUAUGAGAUGGCGACAGGUCGUCCUCUGUUUCCAGGUUCUACCGUUGAGGAGGAGCUUCACUUCAUCUUCAAACUGCUGGGAACUCCCACUGAGAGCAGCUGGCCUGGGAUCAGCUCCAACGACGAGUUUGUGGCCUUUAAUUACCCACAAUACCGAGCAGAGAGGCUGAGCAACACCACACCCAGGCUCAGCAGUGACGGAGUGGAGCUGCUGUCAAAGUUCCUGCAGUUUGAAGGGAAGAAGAGAGUCUCAGCAGAUGACGCCAUGAGUCACCGGUACUUCAGUCACCUUGGAAACAGAGUGAUGUCACUUCCUGACACCACGUCCAUCUUCAGCCUGCCAGAGAUUCACCUGGAGAGAGAAACAACGAAGCCACCGGCAGCACCUGACCCAGCAAACAGUCCAACCAGGAGGCGGAGCCUGCUCUUCUGACAUCAUCAGGGAGGCGGAGUCUGCAAAGGGAAACUAAAUUAAAGCAAAUGAAGAAGAAAACGGUGAACUGUGAACUUGUUUAUCAGGAGAAGAAGACGAAUUCUGCAGUUUACACACACAGAUGCAAUAAUGACUGACAGCAGCUGCCUGACCAGUCAGAGAGCGGCUGGUUUCAGGUGAACGGAUGAACAGGUGAGGAGGGAACACUGCUCUGUCUUCCAUUUCAGUUUAAAGGCUCACAGGAUCCUGGACACGGCUGUAAACGCAGCUCUGUCAGUGACAUCAGCGAUGACAUCACAGACGUGUUAGGGCUGCAGGUGAGACGUUACCUGUGCGCCGGACAUGUGGCGGCCGGACGAGCUGCUCAGUGUCAAGUCAAGAACUUUCAGUGUUUCUGUAAAAUCAGCUGCAGUCUGUU